CGAUCUGAGUCGCAGAUAAGGGCCAGCCGGGCAGGGAAGCACCACAGUGUCACGCCACACUCACCAGGACCAGACCGUCCCUUAUACAUCGUGCGUCGUGGACACUGAUCAUCACUGACUCCGAGAGCCUCCCCGAGAUCGGACGUGUGCCACAGAACCUCUCCACCACUACCUCUCCUCCAGGAGCGAAUCCGUCUGCGUCUAGUCAUACACAGAAGUUUAAAAUAUUUACUGCGCCCGGGAUUGAGCUGCGCGCUAGCCCGCAAGGACUCCCUCCUUCCUAUCAAUCCGCCUUUAUUUGUAUACACGGAAGAAUUGGGGCUAACGAACCGUAGAGUCCGGGACGAUCGUGCGGUUCUCUCUCUCCCACCGCUGUUGAGUUAGGCUCAGGACUGACACAUCUGUCGGGUUUGAUUUUUGUAUAUCGAGACUACAGCGGGACUUGUACGGAUUUCUUCAGCAUGACUCAGGAGGGCACGGUAGAGAACAUCCAACCCACGGAGACCAGCACCAACACGACCCUGAACGGGGAUGCCACCACCGGCGCGGCGACGUCGGCGAGUCCGUGCGACGAAAGCGGCAAGAAGAAGACCAACGUCGGCGUGCGUCGACACGAGAAACCGCCGUACUCCUACAUCGCCCUGAUUGUCAUGGCCAUACAGAGUUCCGCCACCAAGAGACUGACUCUGAGCGAGAUCUACCAGUUCUUACAACAGAGAUUCCCUUUCUUCAGGGGUCCAUAUCAAGGUUGGAAGAAUUCAGUACGACACAACCUGUCGCUGAACGAGUGUUUCAUCAAGCUGCCCAAGGGCCUGGGGCGGCCGGGGAAGGGUCACUACUGGACGAUCGACCCCGCCAGCGAGUUCAUGUUCGAGGAGGGUUCGUUCCGCCGGAGACCGCGCGGGUUCCGCCGAAAGUGCCAGGCUCUGAAGCCGUACGGCAUGCUGAACAACAUGGUGGGGUCUGCCUCCAUGCUGGGGUACGAUAUGUUGUCGGGAAGCCAGGGCACGGGCACCUCGCCUCUCCAGACCCUGUCCCCGUGCAGCGCCAACUCGCUAAACGGGAUGGUCAACUCCACCCAGGGUCUCAUGGACACCACGGGACUCAUGAGCUACACGUCCUCGAUGUCUGGCAGUCUCAGCGGGAACCUGAACCCCGCACCGCACGGUUCCGCGGGAGUCGGCGGGACGGGCAGUGCCUACAUGCCGAGCUGCUCUGUCGGCAUGUCCGCUAACGACUACGGGAACGGGCCCAACACGGUCUUCACGUCGCAGACCACCGCGAGCUUGGACAACAUGUCGUCGGGCUACACGAUGUCCUGGGCCCCCGCGCCCACGGGGCACGCCCGCUACAUCAAGCAGCAGCAGGACUGUGGGGUGGGGAACACCGUCAGCCCCACCCCCGCCGCCGUGUCCCCACCCAUGCACGCCAUGACGCCCGUGACCCAGGGGGAGACGGUACAACAACAGCAGCAGCACUACCUGCCUCAGCACAACACACAAGACGUGUCCGACAUGGCAGGUAACAUGUCCAUGCGAGGUCUACAGUCCAUGGCAGACUCCAGCAUGUGUGACCGCAAACCGAGCUACCUACUGUCCUCUCUACAGUCCAGUAUACACACUGGGUACUACGACACCAAAUGUUCGAUGUAGAUAUAGUCCACAGAGGCUUCUUUCUAUUUAUACAAGGUAAAGGUCCCUUUCCAUCAGAUGGCGAUUCCUGAGCGACC